AUGCUGAAACUCGUUCAAUCAAGACUACACCCACGCAGCUCUCUUGCGUAUCAGAUUCCUAGAGCAAGAACCAUGUCGCUCAUGCACGGUCGUCCCGGCGGGGGGUUCCUCUCCUUCAUGCGCGCCCUCGACGACUUCGAUAACUCCCUAACCAACCGCUCCCUCGACCACCAGUUCAUGGCCCACUCCCCGCGCUUCGACAUCCGCGAAACCAAAGACGGAUACCAUCUCGAUGGCGAUUUGCCCGGGGUCGAGAAGAAGGACAUCGAUAUCGAGUUCCCCGACCAGACUACGCUGAAUAUCAAAGGGCACGCCGAGAAAUCAACCUCUGAGGGCGAGGAGGGGUCUUGGUGGUGUAUGGAGCGUUCGACUGGAGAUUUCAGACGCUCGUUUACCUUUCCUAGUCCGGUUGAUCAGGACCAUGUGGAGGCGACGCUGAAGAACGGGGUUCUGUCGAUUAAUGUGCCGAAGGCUCAGGUCGUGUCUACCGGGAAACGGAUUGACGUGAAGUAG